CUGGCAGGCUGGGCCUCAGGUCAGGCCCAUGGUCAUGGCCUUCACAGACCUGCUGGACGCCCUGGGCGGCGUGGGCCGCUUCCAGCUCCUCCACACGGCCCUGCUGCUGCUGCCCUGCAGCCUGCUGGCCUGCCACAACUUCCUGCAGAACUUCACGGCCGCUGUGCCCCCCCACCACUGCCAGGGCCCCGCCAACCACACUGAAGCCACCAACGACUCCGGGAGCUGGCUGAGGGCCACAGUACCCCUGGACCAGCUUGGGGCCCCGGAGCCAUGCCGGCGCUUCACAAAACCUCAGUGGGCCUUGCUGAGCCCCAACUCCUCUCUCCCGGGAGCAGCCACAGAGGGCUGCAAGGAUGGCUGGGUCUAUAACCGCAGUGUUUUCCCGUCCACCAUCGUGAUGGAGUGGGAUCUGGUGUGUGAGGCCCGCCCUCUCCGAGACCUGGCUCAGUCCGUCUACAUGGCCGGGGUGCUGGUGGGGGCUGCAGUGUUUGGCAGCCUGGCAGACAGGCUGGGCCGCAAGGUGCCCCUGGUCUGGUCCUACCUGCAGAUGGCAGCUUCGGGGGCCGCCACAGCGUAUUUCAGCUCCUUCAGUGCCUACUGCGUCUUCCGGUUCCUGAUGGGCAUGACCUUUUCUGGCAUCAUCCUCAACUCCCUCUCCCUGGUUGUGGAGUGGAUGCCCACCCGGGGCCGCACUGUGGCGGGCAUCUUGCUGGGGUACUCCUUCACCCUGGGCCAGCUCAUCCUGGCUGGGGUCGCGUACCUGAUUCGCCCCUGGCGGUGCCUGCAGUUUGCUGUCUCGGCUCCUUUCCUGAUCUUCUUCCUCUAUUCUUGGUGGCUUCCAGAGUCAUCCCGCUGGCUCCUCCUGCACGGCAAGUCCCAGUUAGCUGUCCAGAACCUGCGGAAGGUGGCCGCAAUGAAUGGGAGGAAGGAGGAAGGGGAAAGGCUGACCGAGGAGGUGGUGAGCUCCUACAUCCAGAGAGAGUUUGCAAGCGUCCGCACCUCCAACUCAAUCUUGGACCUCUUCCGAACCCCGGCCAUCCGCAAGGUCACGUGCUGUCUCAUGGUGAUCUGGUUCUCCAACUCCGUGGCUUACUACGGCCUGGCCAUGGACCUGCAGAAGUUUGGGCUCAGCCUAUACCUGGUGCAGGCCCUGUUUGCAAUCAUCGACAUCCCAGCCAUGCUGGUGGCCACUGCCACCAUGAUUUACGUGGGCCGCCGGGCCACAGUAGCCUCCUUCCUCAUCCUAGCCGGGCUCAUGGUGAUCGCCAACAUGUUUGUGCCGGAAGGCCUGCAGAACCUGCGCACGGCUCAGGCAGCACUGGGCAAAGGCUGCCUGGCCAGCACCUUCAUCUGCGUGUACCUGUUUACGGGCGAGCUGUACCCCACGGAGAUCAGGCAGAUGGGGAUGGGCUUCGCCUCGGCCCAUGCCCGCCUAGGGGGCCUGGCAGCGCCCCUGGUUACCACACUUGGGGAGUUCAGUGCCAUCCUGCCACCCAUGUGCUUCGGGGCCACCGCAAUCCUGGCCGGGCUGACUGUCUGCUUCCUGACCGAGACCCGCAACGCGCCUCUGAUGGAGACCAUCACGGCGAUGGAGAGGAGGGUCAAAGAAGGCUCUUCCAAGAAACAUGCAGAAGAGAAGAGUGAAGAAAUGUCUCUUCAGCAGCUGAGAGCAUCUCCCCUCAAAGAAACCAUCUAAGCUGCCUGGAACCUGGUGCUUGCUGGCAGCACCUGAGCCAUGUGCAGACGGCCCCCUGGGGGUUUCUCCCGGGAGCCCCUGGGGACACGAGUGCUGAGCUGGAGGAAAGAUCGCUGAAAACAUCCUGGCUCCCAUAGAGAGCCACCCACAAGCCAGGACUGCUUGGAGUGAAACCCCACCCAAUGUGCAUUACAAAUGCAUAGAAAGCCAGGAGAAGCCAGUCCCAGGGACCGCAGGAGGGACUGUUUUCCUUUCCCAUCCCCAAUCUGCCCCUUAGAAUGUCUCUGUAUUAGUCCAUUCUGGCACUGCUAUAAAGAACUACCUGAGACUGGGUAAUUU